CUGCGCGCAGGCUGGUGCGUAAAGGUGGUGCUUAAUACCUCCAUGGUAAAGACGCACGGAUGUUUCCCAGCAGAUCCAAGAGACCAGACAUGCUGCUGUUCGUGGCCGUGGCCGGCGCCUUGCUGGCCUUGGCUGCUGCCCAGCCCCGCUGUGACCCGCUGACCCAGUACGUGGACAUGUUUGGACAGUGCUGUAAUUUGUGCGGGCCAGGGACCAAAAUGAGGGCAAAGGACAGCUGUACAAAUCCUACCUGCGAGAACUGUGGGGAAGGCGAGUACCAGGACAAAUACAACCGGGAGAGCAAGUGUAAACUCCAGCCUUACUGUGACCCAAAUAAAAACUUUGACGUUACUCACCCGAAGGACAAAACGACAGAAGCUAUUUGCAUGUGUAAACGUGGAUUCCACUGCUCCAGCAUGGCGUGUAUCACCUGUGUGUCACACAAGGCCUGUCCGGCGGGAUCUGGGGUCGUGUCCAGAGGGAACCAGACACAUGACACAGAAUGUCGGACAUGCCAACAUGGCAAAUUUUCCAACGUGAGCUCAAAAGAUGCUGCUUGUCAAGAAUGGAAGAAAUGUUCAGAUGGAUACGAAGUUGAGGAGGAAGGAACCGAUGUCUCUGACACCGUUUGUGCAGGGAAGAUGCGGAGUCAUUGGAUCGUAAUCAUCGUUGUGUCAGCUCUGGUUGGGGUCGCAGCUGUAGCGCUGUUUGCAUGGAAACUCUUCAAAAAUAAGUCAAGGUUCAUGAAAGAAACAACAAAGGGUUGUGUAGAAUGUCUGGGACCAGAAAGUGAGGCGCCUAAAGAAGAGGAGCCGCUCAAGACGCCGGUGGAGGAGGACGAGGAUUGCCACGGAAUGAGUGAAAACGGAAACUUUGUGACGCAGGAGCUCGGGAAAGUGGAGGUUCUCUCUCGUCAGGAAUCACAAAUGGAGACAAUGUGUGAAAUAGUUUCGUUUUAGUGCGAAACAUUGAAUGUAAUUACUGUGUCAUAUCUUUUUUGUACAGAAUGCACACGACCAGACAGUGUGCAGAGGUUUUUCAUAGCGUCUGAGAGUAAAUACGAGUUAAGAGAUGGAUGCAGAUUUUUGUUACCAAAAGCGAUAAAAGAAGUUAAAAGAAGAUGUAUUUCUUUUAAAGGGGUCCAGCUGUGGAAUAGUGUUGAUCUCAAACUUUAGCAAUGUACUUCCUUUGUUAUGUUGAAAAAAUCAUUGUGUGCAUUUAUAUUUGGGAGUCAUGGCUGUAAUUGAAAAAAGAUAUGUAUGUGAAUGUAUAUGCAUCUAUGUGUGUACAUGUAUGUAUGCAAGUGUAUGUACAGUAUAUGUAUAUAUUAUAUGUUUGUUUUUUUUACUCUUUUUCCUUCACACUUGAUACCAUGUAUUGUGUAAUUUAAGUUUUGUAGUAGGUGGGCAUAAGCUGCUUCUGCCUGACUGUCUCUUCCUUGUUGUUCCUUGUUGUUGUAUAUAUGACUGAAAUAAACUUAAACUAAACUAAAA